AUGGUCAAAAUUAUAGUUGAUUAUGCCUUCAAGAAUUGUCAGAAUUCAAUCACAUCAAUUAGUUUUGAGGAGGAUAGUAAAGUUAUCAGUAUUGGUAGUUACAGCUUCUAUAACGCAAAAAUAGAAACAGCAAAUCUCAGUAAUUGUAAUAAACUUACAUUGCUUAACGAAUCAGUCUUCGGAUAUUGCCGAUUCUUGACCUUAAUUUUACUUCCACAAAAUAUUUCAAGUAUUGGACGUGACUGCUUUCUUUGGGCUUCAUCUCUUCAAUCAAUAGAUUUACCAGAUUCAGUAGAAACUAUAUAUCGCGCCGCAUUUUCAUAUAGUGGUUUAACAACCAUUAAAAUUUCGAAAACUUCUAAAUUAUCAAAAUUAGACUCAGUUUGCUUUACUAACACAAAACUUUCGUCAUUUUUUAUUCUAAAAUAUCUAAAAGAUUUAACAUUCGAUUCAUUUGAUGGCUGCCAAUAUUUAGAAAAUAUAACAUUGGACCCUGAAAAUCAAUAUUAUAAAUUUGAAUCAAAAACUCUAUUUUCAGGAGCAGAUAAUUCAACAUUAUUUAGGGUAAUUAAUACAUAUUCAGAAAGUGUUUAUGUCGUUCCUCCUUACGUAAUAAAUAUUUCCAAAAAUUGCUUUUAUAAAUUAAAAAUUAAAUCUAUUCUACUUCAUAACAAAAUUACUUAUAUUGGAAAAUAUGCAUUUUAUGAGUGCAAAUCAUUAACAAGUAUUACACUUCCAGAAAAUGUUAUAUCGAUUAAAGAUUAUACAUUUCAAUAUUGCACAUCACUAACAAGUGUAACUCUUCCAAAAAAUCUUCAAAAUAUUGAUGCUGCUGUAUUUGAUGGAUGUACCUCAUUAAGAAGCAUUGUUUUCCCAGAGAGCUUGAAAAUAAUUGAAAUUUGGGCAUUUUAUCAAUGCACAAGCUUAAACAAUAUCACAUUCCUUAAUAAUUCCAAUUCAAUCAUAUUUGGACUUAACCCAUUUUUGGAUAUUUUAAAUCCAGUAAAUAUAUAUGUUCCAGGCAUGCUUAAAAUUAUUGAGGGAGUUCCAGAGGUUUUUCCAAAAGGGAGCCAUUUAUAUAUAACAAAUCAAACAAUUUUAUUAUCUUGUGUUAAAUAUAUAUUUGGGGAGAAAUUUUUUCAUGUUCACUUUGAUGAACCACUUAAAAUUUCAGAUAAAUCAACAAUUGAUACCAUCAUAUACAUAUCUAUUGAGGAUCUAUCUUUUCUUCAGAUUAAGCCUAAAACAAUAGAUGACUUUAUAUACGAUCAUGGUAUUUCUGCUUUUCUCUCGUCUUUCAUCAUUAGCAUUAUUCCACAGUCUUAA